AUGGCUGCGAAUCCUUUGUUGACAGCGUCGGGACAACUGCGGAUCCCUCUGCUUCCCUCGCCAUUUGGGCCCCCAGCUGUGGACAGGGAUGUACUGCCUUCCACUGUAGCUCCUGCUGACUCAAGACAGUUUUGUGCUCCUUCCCAAUUUGGAACCUCCGUCCUACCAACUGCAAAUAUGCCAAGCGUGUUAUCCAACCGCGUCUACUCAGGUUGGGGCAUUUUACCACCUGAAUCUAUAAAGACGGUGGCCAGAAGGAACGAAAUGAUUCAAAGGCAUCAUCACACUGCCAGGACAGAAAUGGAAAUGUAUGCUAUUUACCAGCAACAGAGAAUGGAAAAGACUCACCCCAAGGGGCUGGCGGGCCUGGGGACGCCAUUCCCCUACGGCCCCCUGGUUCCAGCAAGCCCGGCUGCCUACCACAGCAGGAGCAGGUUCUCUGCCAGCGACCUCCAUUUCCACCGAAGCGUCCUCAGAAGCCUCCAGGGAGGCCCCGUGCUGGCAGCAGCUGGACCACACUUUGUGGAGAGCUGGGGGCAGAAAUGCCGUCGUCUCAGGAAAGGUGCAGGGGGUCAGAGAGGGCUAGACGGUGACCCCGAGAGCUCCAGAAGUCCAGCCAGAGAAAAGACCCUGGGCCAGACUCGUGCGGUCCCCUCCGAAGAGGACCCGUGUGCAGAGAUGGAAGAACGCGACGGCCGGAGGUCAAGCGAACCCGAGGAAAGGGCGGCCGCAGCCCUCUCCAGCACCUGUGCGGGACUCACGCCCACCUGGGGGAAGCCACGGGGGCCCCACGCUGCCUCCCUGGAGGCCAAGGCCUGGUACGGCGGGGAGAAGCCACCUCCAGCGCAGGCGUUUGCGGCCUGCGGCGAGGACAGGGUCAGCCCUGCCGCUGGGCUGGCUCCAUCUCCGCCAGGGCCACGUGUGCCGGCCGCCACGGGGGACAGCCUCGCCCUGGAUGAGGACAUUCAGAAGUGGAGCGUGGAUGAUGUGCAUCGCUUCAUUGGUGGUCUCCCGGGCUGCUCGGACUACGCUCAGGUAUUUAAAGACCACGCAAUUGAUGGCGAAACGUUGCCAUUACUCACAGAAGAGCAUCUUCGAGGCACCAUGGGAUUAAAGCUGGGGCCGGCCCUGAAAAUUCAAUCUCAGGUCUCCCAGCACGUGGGCAGCAGGUGCUACCGGAAGAACCUCUCCCUCUCGGCCUGUCCAAGACAAGCGCUCGCCGGGCCAGCAGACACCACCCCCCUCGCGGAUUUCCACGCCUGGAGCGACCCGCAGGGCAUCCCUUGUUCCCAGGAGAUGGGGACUCCCGGAGGAGCUGGGCCCGACAGUCUGGGAAACUGA